AUGGUGCUCCUUACAGCUGGAGCUAUAGAUAAAAUAAAUUCUGGGGACAGCAUAAAGGAUCCCAUUCUCAAAGUAGAGGGUUAUAAAAAUGUCCCUGGUAGUAACGCUGGACAAAAUCGGUAUCGUUUGCUACUUAGUGACGGCGUGAAGUCUCAUUCAUUCGCUAUGCUUGCUACACAGUUGAAUCAUCUUGUUGAAGCCGGGAAACUCUUGAAUGGAAGUAUAAUUCGCUUAAAGAAAUUUGUAUGCAACAAUGUUCAAAAGGACAAGUACGUUGUCAUCGUUCUCGAUGUAGACAUAAUCGGAUUCGAGCAACCAACAGUUGCACAAGGUGAAGUGUUGGUACAAUGUUUUAUCAGUAAUAUUACCAUAUCAGGUCGUGUACCGCUGAAUCAAGUUGAAGAGAACUCAUCCAUGGGGUCAGGCGUCUCGUCCUUAUCGAAUCGCAGUGUUCCGAUUACUCCGCCGCGGUCGACUGGAGGGCCAUUUACAUCUGCCAGCCCUGGCACUCCUGGAGGUCGAGUUUUUAGUAUACAGAGCCUUAAUCCCUAUCAGAGUCGUUGGACGAUUCGCGCGCGUGUCUCUCAAAAGGGCACCAUUCGUACCUGGCAGAGGAAUGGUCGGGAAGGCAAACUUUUCAGUUUUACUCUUCUUGAUUCAACUGGAGAAAUUAGAGUGACUGCUUUCAACUCUGAGGUGGACAAAUUCUAUGACUCGGUUGAGGUUAAUAAGGUCUACUACGUUAGUAAGGCCUCUCUAAAGCCUGCCAAUAAGCAGUUUAAUACCACGAACAAUGACUAUGAAAUGACUCUCAACACUGAUAGCCAAAUCGUCGCUUGUGAAGACGGUGAAGAUGUCUGCGUACCUUCUUUCUCUUUCAAUUUCGUUCCCAUUGGCAAGCUUGAUAGUUAUCAACCGGGUGAUUUUGUUGACAUAGUCGGAGUGGUCCAUGAUUCUGGCGAUGUCUCUACUGUCAACAUAAAGUCGUCCCAGCGGGAAGUUCAGAAACGAGAAGUGAGUUUGGUGGACGAUUCCGGGUGUCUUGUGCGUCUCACACUCUGGGGCCAGGAGGCAGUCAACUUUGAUGGUUCGAAUCAUCCCGCAUUGGUGGUUAAAUCAGCAAAACUGAGUGACUUUAAUGGGAGAUCGUUGGGCACCACGGUGCAAUCCUCUGUGAUGGUCGCACCGACUGACAUCCCCGAGGCGAAUCGAUUGAAAGGCUGGUAUGAGAAUGGCGGAGGAAGUACGUCCAACUUUGAGACAUAUCGUGGAGAGGCGAUAGGCGAGCCUGGUGGUGAGGGCUUCAUUGGUGCUCUGGCACCGCGAGAACUGAACUUCCUGUCCGACCUUGAAGUGCCUGGGGUGGGUGGUCAGAUCAAGGCGGAUUUUUUCACUUGCAAGGCGGCGGUGACCUUCCUGAAGAAAGAGAACUUCAUGUACCAGUCGUGCACUACCGAGGGCUGCCAAAAGAAGGUUUUAGAUUUAGGCAAUGGACUCUAUCGGUGUGAGAAGUGCAGCCGCGAGACACCCACUUACAAGUGGCGACUUCUGCUCUCCGUGAAAAUCUCUGAUAUGACAGGUGAACAUUGGAUUACGUGUUUCCAAAACACGGCGGAAGUUAUUCUUGGUCGAAGUGCCGAAGAAUUAGGCGCUAUUAAGGAGUCUAAGGAUGAAAAUCAAAUGGAGAACGUCUUUGUAAAUGCCAUAUUUAAAUCAUGGAUCUUUCGACUCCGAGCCAAAGUGGACACAUUCAACGAUGAGUCGAGGUUACGAGUGGUGGCCAUUGAAGCGAAGCCAGUAAAUUUUGCGGACUACGGGAGGCAAUUACAGAAAAGGAUCGAUGCCAUCAUCCCAACACUUCCUGCCGAGUUGACAAUGGAUGAUGCAAUGGAAUGA